AUCGCGGGAGAUGCAGCUGGGGGAGGGGAGCGAGGGGCUCUGCGAAGACUCGCAGUCGCAGCGUCUCGGGAGGUAUGAGUAGGAGUCGGAUUUCGGGCAUGAAUGCUAAGCUGUUCAGUUCUGGGCUGUGCUAGCAGGACCAUUUAAAGAAAGAGCAAUGGCUUCAGCAGCAGCUUCUCACCUGAACUUGGAUGCCCUCCGUGAAGUGCUGGAAUGCCCCAUCUGUAUGGAAUCCUUCACAGAAGAGCAGCUGCGACCCAAGCUCUUGCACUGUGGCCACACCAUCUGCCGCCAGUGCCUGGAGAAGCUCCUGGCUAGUAGCAUCAAUGGGGUCCGCUGUCCCUUUUGCAGCAAGAUCACCCGCAUAACCAGCCUGACUCAGCUCACAGACAACCUGACAGUGCUGAAGAUCAUCGACACAGCUGGGCUCAGUGAGGCCGUGGGGCUGCUCAUGUGCCGGUCCUGUGGGCGGCGGCUGCCCCGGCAGUUCUGCAGGAGCUGUAGUUUGGUGUUGUGUGAGCCUUGCCGGGAGGCAGACCACCAACCUCCCAGCCAUUGUACACUCCCCGUCAAAGAGGCAGCUGAGGAGCGGCGUCGGGACUUUGGAGAAAAGUUGACUCGUCUGCGGGAGCUCAUGGGGGAGCUGCAGCGGCGGAAGGUAGCUUUGGAAGGUGUCUCCAAGGACCUUCAGGCCAGGUAUAAAGCAGUCCUCCAAGAGUACGGGCAUGAGGAGCGCAGGGUCCAGGAUGAGUUGGCUCGUUCUCGGAAGUUCUUCACAGGCUCUUUGGCUGAAGUUGAGAAGUGCAAUAGUCAAGUGGUAGAGGAGCAGAGUUACCUGCUUAACAUUGCAGAGGUGCAGGCUGUGUCUCGCUGUGACUACUUUCUGGCCAAGAUCAAGCAGGCCGAUGUAGCCCUACUGGAGGAGACAGCUGAUGAGGAGGAGCCAGAGCUCACUGCCAGCUUGCCCCGGGAGCUCACCCUGCAAGAUGUGGAGCUCCUUAAGGUAGGUCAUGUGGGCCCCCUCCAAAUUGGGCAAGCUGUAAAGAAGCCCCGGACAGUUAACAUGGAAGAUUCCUGGGCCAUGGAGGCUGCAGCCUCUGCUGCCUCUACCUCUGUCACAUUUAGAGAGAUGGACAUGAGCCCUGAAGAAGUGGUUGCAAGCCCCAGGGCCUCACCUGCUAAACAGCGGGGUUCUGAGGCAGCCACUAAUAUCCAACAGUGCCUCUUUCUCAAGAAGAUGGGGGCCAAAGGCAGCACUCCAGGCAUGUUCAAUCUUCCGGUCAGCCUCUACGUGACCAGUCAAGGUGAGGUGCUCGUUGCUGAUCGUGGCAACUACCGUAUACAAGUCUUCACUCGCAAAGGUUUUUUGAAAGAGAUACGCCGCAGCCCCAGUGGCAUUGAUAGCUUUGUGCUAAGCUUCCUUGGGGCUGAUUUGCCCAAUCUCACUCCUCUCUCUGUGGCCAUGAACUGCCAUGGUCUCAUUGGUGUGACUGACAGCUAUGACAACUCCCUCAAAGUAUAUACCUUGGAUGGCCACUGCGUGGCCUGUCACAGGAGCCAGCUGAGCAAACCAUGGGGCAUCACAGCCUUGCCAUCUGGCCAGUUCGUGGUAACGGAUGUGGAAGGUGGAAAGCUUUGGUGUUUUACUGUUGACCGAGGAGCAGGAGUGGUCAAAUACAGCUGCCUCUGCAGUGCUGUGAGGCCCAAGUUUGUCACCUGUGACGCUGAAGGCACCGUCUACUUCACCCAGGGCUUGGGCCUCAAUCUGGAAAAUAGGCAGAAUGAGCACCACUUGGAGGGUGGUUUCUCCAUUGGUUCGGUGGGCCCUGAUGGGCAGCUGGGUCGCCAGAUUAGCCACUUCUUCUCGGAGAACGAGGAUUUCCGCUGCAUCGCUGGCAUGUGUGUGGAUGCCCGUGGUGACCUCAUUGUGGCUGACAGCAGUCGCAAGGAAAUUCUCCAUUUUCCUAAGGGUGGGGGCUAUAGUGUCCUUAUUCGAGAAGGGCUCACUUGUCCAGUGGGCAUUGCCCUCACUCCUAAGGGACAAUUAUUGGUCUUGGACUGUUGGGAUCAUUGCAUCAAGAUCUACAGCUACCAUCUGAGAAGAUAUUCCACCCCUUAGAGGAUGAGAAAUGCCAGUUUAUUCUGCUUCCAGCCAACCUUCCUUCCCUUAGUCCUUGGUUGUUGGCAGUCUUAUAGAGUAGACUUGGCCUAUGUCCUGAUUCCAGCUGGGUUGUUCUAGCAUUUUAGAAUCUGUUUUUUAGUGUUUGUUAUUCCCCUCUCCACCCACUAUCCUACCCUUACCUGAAUUUAGAGCUUUAACAGACGCAUUACCCCAAAUAGAACACAUGAUGGUGUUAGCUGAUAUUUGAUUAGAAAUUAGGCAUUUUUAAGUACCAAGAACCACUUUAGGCUUCUGGCCCCUGUAUUUGAAAUUUGCCCCAUGUUGAAUCCUUGUUGAUUUCUUUGGGUUCGAUGUUCUUCCCUGAUCCAUUGUUUCCUUCCUAUUAUAAUGUGCUUUAUCUGUGAUACUUCCUCUUCAACUCUGGUUGCAUUCUGGGUGCAUGCUCCAGUGGGAUCUGCCCCACAUUUCAGUGACAUUUCAGACAUUGCAUCCCUGUAGCAUGGUGUUCCUGGUUUGAUCACCUUCAUCAGUGUGAAAGCAUAUUCAUUAAGUGCCACCAAGGGAGAGGUACACAAUCCCUUAGAGAAGCAGUACCUUUUGGCUGGGGAAUUUGUGUUGUCUCAGAUUGGUCUCCAUUGCAGAUGUGCCAGAGAAUGGAUUGACCCUAGUUGGUGUUGAAGACUUCAGCCUGGGAAUUGCUUGCCUUUUAAAGAGGCUAGCAAUAGUAAACAUAGUAAGAUAGGAAUAAGCAAACCGAAAUGCUAAUGUAGUCAGCAAACUUAAUAGCCUUUGGGGCUUACCAAUUUUUUUCUCUUUCUACUGAACUGUGCUGAGUUGUAUGAGAAACUACAACACAGGCCAGGGCCAACAAAACAGGGAGGUGGACACAUCCGUCUUCAUUAUGAAAACAAACAACAGAACUGUUGGGUGGUUACUCUGUAUUUUUCUCCAGUGAGUGUAUACUGUUUGACUUCAGGAUUUAUUUUCAUUCUUCUAUCAGGCAUUAAAUGAUAACUUUCUUCAUCACCGUUG